AUGGACCUGUGGAAUUCGUCGUACUCUGUUGGAACUGAGGACAGACAGGAAAGGGAACGUCUGCGCUGGUUCGCUGUGUCUACACCAGAAGAAGCUCGUCAGCUUUUGAUGGUGGGUCGGUGUUGUCAGCAAGUCGGUGCAACGAAGCUGAACCAAAUCAGUUCCCGUUCGCACUGCCUGUUUUCGAUCAAGGCCAUGCGUGCCGCCAACAAGGAUAGCCCUCGUUUCGUUCGCGUGAGCAGCCUUACGUUCUGCGAUUUGGCGGGAAGUGAGCGUUGUGAGAAGGCAGCAACGCUUAAUCAGGCGCAUCGUCUGCGUGAGGCGAACAACAUCAACGCUAGUCUUCUUGCUCUGGGGAAGUAA